CCCAAUAUAACGAACCCAUUUUCAAUUCCACAACCGUAACAACAGCCUUCCAUAUCUCCUCUCUCUUUCUUCUUUUUAAGCUUUUUCGAUAUAUGAAGCCAUGAGGGAUCGUAUGGAGAGGCUGGUAGUUCUUCCAUUUUCAAUCGGCUGUGUUUCUGAGUCAAGUGUUGCAGUUGGCACAUACCAACCCAAGAAGCAGAAAGUUGAAUCAAAUUCAGCUCUAACUAGAGCAAAGGAAGGAGAAGAAAGUUCAUCCGGGAUGAAAAUGAAGAACUCAUUGAGUUUCUUGGCUCUUCCUAAACCAAACUUUUCUUAUGGGAUACACCGAUUAGUUAGGAGUUUCAAGAGCUUUUCUCAACGAUUUGGUAAGUGGGUUAUCAGUUACAGUCAAAUGCAAUGUUAUGUUUGCCAUGAAGAAGCAAAUCAUUACUCUACGGGAUGGAUAAGGCUAUGUUAUGUGGCCUUUGUUUGUUUUAAGGAUGAAUGA